AUGAGUAUAUCAAUGUCGUCAACACAUUUCAUAUCUUUACCUGAUAUAGUUUUACUGGAAAUCUUUGGAUAUUUAUCUUGUGAAGAUGUUUUGUACGCUUUCGCUGAUUUACAUGACACCCAUCUUAUUGAUUUACUUAUCGAACAUGGAUCAUUUCGACACAUUUGUCUCUCAUCACAAUUGUCUUGUCAUCAAUAUAAAAUUCUUUCACAAGGAAGCUGGCGUUAUGACUUGGUUCGUUCACUUGUAUGCAAAGAAAUGUUCUCUGACUUCAUUAGUGACUUAGCACCAUGUAAAAUAUUUUCUUCGUUGACCGAUUUACGAAUACUUUCUUUACGUUGUCCAUCAGAAUGCCUUUCAGAGUUCGUAAUCGCACACUCUUCCACACUCACAUAUUUUACAGUGAUGAGAAGCGAACUAUCGUUUCAAAUGGAAGGUUACCGUACGUUUUUGCACAGCGUAUUGCCUCAUCUUAGUCAACUUAGACUACUUGAUACGGACUGGAGAAGUUAUGUAUCGAUAGAUUGGAGUUCAUUAGCAGGUCGUCUGAAAUCACUGGAACACUUAUUCACAUUCAUGGAUAGCAUGUCUGAUGUAUAUGCAUUGGCAGUUGAUGGAUUUUCCCCUUGUUUACGAUGUCUUCAUGUCCACAUCAACAAUGCCGUUAUUAAAUCUGUUUUAAGGGAAUUGUCAACCACAACAAACUUUCAUAUGUCGCAACUGGAAACAUUUGAUCUAUAUCUAAACUGGCGAGAAGAAGAUGAAGAUGAAGAACAAAUUGAAUGGACAGUAGUCGAGACAUUAACCUCAAAAUCUGUUAUGCCUCGACUUCGGCAAUGUUCAGUGGUCUAUAAGUUGACGACAAAUAUAGAGAUUCGACAUAUGUUUCAAUCACCUUUUUUUAAAAAUGAUGAAAGAAAUAUUCGUAUUCGUUUUGUACUUUGUUUUAAUACUUCAAUCUUCAUCGAUUCAUCUGAUAUUGCUAACAUAUCCGACAUCCGUUCUGUCAGUUCCAAUGAAAUUUUUCUGAAGCAUAAUAAUGAAGAUAACUCAAAAUUAUAUCUAACCUGGUUCAGCCAAUCGUGGCCAAGUUGGACGACAUUUUGGAUGUACCACCGUGACGUAGCACCGCGUAAUGGUGUCCGCGAGUUGGGAAUCACAGCUUCAAACACUUCAUUGCACUCUAUUGGUAAAUUAUUCCCUAAUGUGAAAGAGUUAAUGUGUACAUAUCCUGCAUCAUUAUCCAUGGCCGACUCAUCGUUGGCACCAACACCAUUAGUUAACGUACUUCAUUUAACAGUACUCGAUGUCGUUCCAGGCUUGGAACUACUUCUUGAUGGCAUUAUGCUACCUCGUUUGCGCUCUAUACGUGGCAUGAUUGUACCACUGUUCGUUACUCUUGCACGUCGAACAAAUCAAAUGAGAACUCUUGAUACCAUCGAUCAUUUAGAGAUUACAGAUCAGAAUAAUGGUGAUGAAAGGAGUUUUUCUUUUAAACAGUGGUAUAUGCUACUUGAUGCUGUUCCUCGUUUACGAACACUACUUUUUCAAUUUCACAAUGCAAAAUGUCCACCGAUUGCAUUGGCAGAUCUAUUUAUUGAUUAUAUAAGACGAACAAUACGGACACCCCUUACUCUUUUCUCUUGCUGUAUCGAUGAUGUUAAUGAUAUAAACAGCAAAGAACACUUUAUCACACGCUUAGAGGAAGGAAUCAACAUGGUGCGUCCUUCUAUCCAAUUUGCAUCCAUUAGUUCAACAAGACUUUAUGCUUGGAUGUAA